UGGCUGUAUAAGAAAGAGGAUUAACUCCACUCAACGUCGACAUCAAGAACACAGAGGACUGAGUUAGAAGCCGCAAUGAGAAGUGGUGAACAGCAUUCACUGUUCGAGACUAGGAAAGACAGAGCAAGACACAUUCGGAGGUUCUAUGCUGUCUCUGUGUUUCUGGCAAUAUGCUUUGUCUGGGCAUUCAGACUCAGCCACAUACCNGCAAAUGGGGAAGCUGGCCAAUGGGCAUGGCUCGGUUUGUUUCUUGCAGAACUCUGGUCUGGCAUCUAUUGGCUCUUUUAUCAAGCCCUCCGUUGGAACAUGCUCUUCAGAACAACCUUCCCCGACAAACUCUCUCAAAGAUAUGAGAGUAGGUUGCCGGGAGUGGACAUCUUUGUGUUUACGGCGGAUGCUGCNGUGGAGCCACCGCUGAUGGUGAUUAAUACGGUGCUAUCUGUGAUGGCUUAUGACUAUCCGGCUGAGAAGUUGAGCGUGUAUCUCUCAGACGAUGGGUGUUCGGAGAUAACCUUUUAUGCACUUUUAGAGGCUUCUUCCUUUGCCAAACAUUGGGUUCCGUUCUGCAAGAGAUUUAAGGUGGAACCGAGGUCACCUGCUGCCUUUUUCAACAACACUCAUGCCUCAACAAAAUCACAAGAUCAUAACUAUGACCUAAGAUCGUGCGCGAAUCCAAAUACCUCGAUGAAACACUCCGAACGUAUCACUCUUACACCAGAACGGGUGCGACCUGCAAGCCUCGAAUACGAGUCAAGGGCUAUAACCACUUGUAACUACUGGCCCAUAAUCUCGCAAGAUUCGCCCACUAAGCGUUCGCAAGAUUCGCCCACUAAGCGUAACUGUUGUUAA